UUUCAUCCCAGAGUGUGUGCUCUUAUUGUUUUUUAAACUCUUCAUUGUGUGGUGGAUUUUGAAGAUCAGCUGGAGCUCAGCACAAAUUUGUUCUUUUUGUUAACAAUUUAAGUGUUUUGGUGAACUAUGUGCACAAGAAUGAAGAAAGCCUUGGUGGACAUAUUUGAAGGCCCGAGUGACGAGGAGGAGUUUCCUGGUUUCGGAGGUGCUUCUUCGGGGCAGUUCUCUGAGGAGAGUCGAGACAGCCUCCACUCCCAGACCUCAUGGAAGCCGGUUCUUCGCUUUAAAUCUAAAUUCAUAACGGAAGAGCUGGCUCAGGUCUUCAUGGACACGGACAGUGAAGGAGAGUUUGAAGGUUUCAGUAAAGAAGAGAGCUCUCUACGUAACAGCUGGAUGAGCCCCAUUGAUUACGAGGCAGAGGAAGACAGUGAUGACAUUGGGUUUUAUUCAGAUGACGAUGGUUCGGCCCCGCAAAAAAGGCGGAGCUCAGGAUUGUGUGUCGCGUUCAGGUUUCCUGCCAGAAGACGCUCCACCCGAGAAAGCACCGUGCCAAAGAAAUCCGGAGUUUCCCUGAACAGAAAUCAGCCUGCGGAGAGAAGCAGAAAGAGGAGAGGAGGCAGUGCAGAUCCACCUGUGGCUCAGAAAAGCAGAAAAGUUGAGAAAAGAUCCAAAGUGACGAAUAAUGACUCUGAGGAAGAGGAAAAAGAGGAGGAUGAGGAGGAGGAGGAGGAGGAGGAGGAGGAAGUCAAACUAACUGAGGCAGAUGUACAAAUACUGAGUCAAAGGGCUAAGAAUAUUCAGGAGAAUAAAGCAAUGCUUGCAAAGCUAUUUGCAGACCUGACCUCUUUACCUGAACUCUCCCGAAAGACCAUGCCCAUGAAGAAGAAAAAGCAGCAGAGUCCAAGAAAGCGUGUGUCUGAAGUACAGAGUGAGAGGCGGAACCCAAGCCGCAAAGCCAGACCCCCUGAGCAUUUCGGGCUCGAGCAAGAACCGGUUGUUGCUGCGAAACCAAGAAAGAGUGUAGAAUUCAACCUGAAGAAACUGAUGGAGAUUGAUGAGGGGCUGCGUGUGAACAGAGACACACCAAGAAGAAAAUCCAGGAAGCGCAGUUCUGUACGAAUGCCAGAGGACAUCACAGAGGAGGAGCUGGACAACGUGGCUGACCGCGCUAAAGACAAAAUUCUUGAUAAAGAAAAUGGCAGCACAUGUCACCAGUGCAGACAGAAGACAUUGGACACUAAGACUGAGUGCAGGAACCCGUACUGUCAGGGGGUCAAAGGGCAGUUCUGUGGGCCCUGCUUGCGGAACCGCUACGGAGAGGACGUCCGUACAGCUCUGUUAGAUCCGACAUGGGAAUGUCCUCUGUGUCGGGGUGUCUGUAACUGUAGCCUGUGCCGUAAACGGGAUGGACGCUGUGCCACUGGUGCUCUUACUCACUUAGCCAAAUAUUAUGGCUACAACAAUGUCAAGGAAUAUCUAGAGAGUCUGCAGAAGGAUCUUGACUGAAACCAGGCCAGUGUGUGUGCAGGAACCUACUGUAAGAUGUCAAAGGGUUAAAGGAACACUGCAGCGUUUUUCAGCCUUAUCUCUAUCCUCCACAUCUGUAGAGUAUGUGAGGCUACCACAGACGGGAAUUUUGACUAGGUUUGCUACACUGAGGAGAGAAACCGAAAACCUGUUAUUACUGUUCUUGUAUAGUUUUAUCCAACUUUGACACAGGAGCAAUACAGUAGACAUGUACAGUCAAAUCCAUACGACUAUAUUGGUAACAAACCUACAAUUUUUUUUUUUCCCCCUUCUGAAGUAUCCAUCAUAUCUGAAAUGACAUUAUGCAGAUUAAUCAUUUUAUUUACGAAUACCUUUGAAUGAAAAAUUCACAAGUCCUACAAAAAUGCAUGUUAUGUGUAAGCAGUAAUGUCAUCUGUAAUGAGAACUGCCCUUAGAUGUCCUUACAGGUUUACUGUGCUUUUAGAGGAAAAGCUUCUUUGUGUUUUUUUUUUUUUCUUUUUCUUUUUUUCAUUUUUUAAAAAGACAUGCAUCACACAAGUGCUCUUUAUUAUUAUUUUUAUUUGCAUAGAUAUUUUUGGAUUUUAUAUUCAACAUUUUACAUUUGCAGAAAAUGCACAUCAUUACCAGGCUAGUCAGAGUUGUGUGUAUAAUAUACUUAUUCACUUUAUCAAAAAAAUAAAUAAAAAUAAUAAUAAAUAAUAAAAAAUCCCUCGGCCAAUGGGUAGAAUGUUCCUGAGAAACCACUUUGUGCAAAAUCUUUACAGAUUUAUAUUUAUCUAGGUUUUAAAUCUCCUAUAAAUGAAAUCUGUUAGAUCUGAAAAAUUUUAAAACAUUUUUCUGCCCUGGACAUAAAAAAAAAAUGAAUUAGCAUUUUGAAGCAUUUUAGAUGGGACACAUUUCAAAACAACUGAUUUAGACACUGAAUUCUGCUUACAGUCUUCUUCUAAGUAAGGGAUGCACUUAUAUAAAACUAUUUUUGUUAUAUUGGCUCUUGAUUGCAGCACUUUGCAUUUGAAACUAAACACUGACACUGGAUUUAAAGUGCAGUCUUUCAGUAAAUGUUCGUUUUUAAUCAGAUCCGGGACAGAUGAUAGUUUAUACUGAUUAAAGUUUGAUUUUAGAAAUUGUCCAGUUUUAUGUUUGUAUCGCAAAAAGAGAACUUUCGGUUUUAUAGUUAUGCUCAAAAGAAGUUCAACAGGAACUCUAUUGUAUUACCAAGAUUUAAUACUUGUGUAUAUAUACAUCCUGCCACAUCCUGUUUUGUCAUCUUUCUUCUUUUUUUCCCCCUUUUUACCGUCCCAGUGUGUAAGGACAGCACUGUGUAUGUUCUUCUGCUUGGCAUUCUAUAAAAUCUGUACAAUCAUAGUUGUUUUCUAAAUAAAUACCUGAUUUCA